AUGUGUAACGUUGAAAAAGUAUAUACUUCAGCGGGACAUGUAGGACAUCUAGGUCAUUUUGGUGGUUUAUCUUCGUCGUAUGCCUCGGCAAAUUUGGGAGGUCAAAGUUAUAACACCAUAACUCAUGGGGGAAGUGCUGUUACUGAAGUUCAUGCGAUUCAUGGAACCGCACACGGAGGAUUAGACGCCCACACAGGUGUUAUUCAUCAAUCUCCAGUGGUACAUGCUAUUAAUUACGGAGGUCAUCAUCAUCUUGGAGGUGGACUAAUCUCAAAUAGCAUUGUUGGAGCUCAUGGUGUUCAUGCGUCAGUUCCUAUUCAUCAAAUUCAUUCAGGAUUUGGAAUAGGAUAUGGUCAUCAACAUGAAGAAAAAGCUUAUCCAAAAUAUGAAUUUGAUUACGGCGUUGCUGAUGCUCACACUGGUGAUAAAAAGACUCAACAUGAAGUUCGAGAUGGCGAUAUCGUAAAAGGUUCUUAUUCUGUUGUUGAACCUGAUGGUUCGACCCGAACUGUGCAUUACACAGCUGAUGAUAAGAAUGGUUUUAAUGCUGUAGUAACAAAAUCUGGUCAUCCAGCCACUGUUGGUCAUCCCGGUCAUGUUGUGGGACACGGACAAUUAAUCGCUCACGUUCAUCAUCAUGGUUAUUAA